AGACACUCAAGCCUCAACAUGAUCAUUUUAGGUAAAGAGAUUGAUCUUAACCUUUUCAAGGAAGCCGGUAGUGCCUUGAACAAGGCCCCAGCCGUCUCCCAAGCCGAAGCUGUCUCCCACGUUGCUAAUGCUGCCGGCGGUGUUAACUUCACCACGCAAACGGCCAAGGCUGUGGAGUCUGCCUUUGCACUUACCGACACGCAUAAGCUCGUCGGCGCCAACGACGCGUUCGCGGUGAUUGCCGAUUACCUCACCACCGAACAACCGGCGCUCGCGACCGUCGCCACCACGGGUGCGGCACUCUUGCAAAACCUCCCAUUCCUCAACCAGACGGCCUUUAAAAACCGCAGCGUCGUCAUCCACGCGCAAUUGACCGCUGACUUCUCGCCGGUCACGUCGCUCAGAGACUUGGGGCUCCCGAUCUUGGUCUCUCAGACCGCCCAGGAGGCCCAGGACCUUGCGUUGGUCGCCUAUGCCUACGCUGCACACGCUCAGACCACCGUUCUCCACUUCUUCGCUCCGAGCGAGGCCCAGAAAUUCAACUUGAUUGACUCUGCGGCGGUGCAGAAGUUCAUCCAGGCGACUGCCAGCUCUGAAAAGAUCAUCGACGAAGAUGCCCAGUUUGACACUUUGGCCUCGUUACUCCACAACGUGGGCAAGUACAAGCCGUACGAGACUGUCUCUACCGCCAAGAACCCUACCGAUGCGAUCUUUCUUCUCGGGGAGGCCUCCGAGAGUUUGUCCAAGGCCGUGCAUGCCGACGGUUCCUCCAUUCUCCUCUCUAUCAGACUCUACAGACCAAUUUCGGUGGCACAGGUCUUGGCCUCGCUUCCGUUGUCGGUGAAAACUUUGACAGUCGUCGAGCAAAGCUCCCACACCCAGCAGUUCUCGCCGUUGUUGUUGGAUCUCUUUGCUGACUCCGCCAAGUUAUUCGACAGAGGCCUCACCAAAGUUGUCUCCACAAAUUUUGGCGUCGUUUCCGACCACGCCGUCGCGGUUGCUACCGUGCUCGGCAACACCAGGGCCGAGAAGCCGAUUCAAAACCUCACCGUCGGGGCGGCGGAGCAGGUGUGCGGUGCGGAUGUCGCCGCGGCACAGGCACAGGCGCAGACACUUGAGUCUGCAUACAUCACGAUGUUGCAGCAGGUGAACGACCGUCUCACGAUUUUGAACGCACAGAGCUCUGACUCCAUCGGCGACGCUGCCAACCCGGAAUUCGGGUACGGUGCGUUCUUGAACGGCGAGGAGCAGAAGAAAAGCUUGGUUGGCUUGGUCCAGGAGGCGGUCCGUGCCUCUGUCUUUUCCGCCAGCCUCACCAAGCGGUUGUCUGAGUGGUUGGUUCAGGGCAAGACCGAUUCGGCAGCUAUUAUUUCUGCUUUGGAAGCUGAAGCCGACGAAUCCAAGACCGCUAUCUUGGCCUUAUCUUCCCACUUCACCGAGUCCUCCUCCUGGAUCGUUGGUUCUGACUCUUGGUCCUAUGAUUUGGGCUCUUCCGGGGUGCACCAUCUUGUUUCGUCCGGCAAGAACCUCAACAUGUUGAUUAUCGAUUCUGAGCCUCAGGCCACCGACCGAAAGGUGAAUGGCUUCAGAAAGAAGGAUGUUGGUUUGUAUGCGAUGAACUUUGGCGGCUGCUACGUUGCCUCUGUUGCUGUCUACGCGUCCUACACCCAGGUCUUGCAGGCUUUUAUUGAGGCAGAGAAGUUUGAGGGUCCAUCCAUUGUCAUGGCCUAUCUUCCUUACCACUCUGAAUCUGAUGAUACCUUGGCUGUUUUACAGGAAACCAAGCGUGCGGUAGAUUCCGGGUACUGGCCGUUGUACAGAUACUCGCCUAACGAGACUGAGCCGUUCAAGCUUGACUCCUCGUCUCUCAAGAAGGAGUUAAAGGACUUUUUGGACAGGGAAAACAAGUUGACAUUGUUGGCACUGAAGAACCCAGUCCUUGCCAGAACCUUGGUUGCUUCCCAGACCAACGAUGUCAAGGAGAAGCAGGAGGCCAAGGCGAAGGAAGCCUAUGCCCAGUUGCUCGAGGGUCUUUCGGGCCCACCGGUAACCGUUGCCUUUGCCUCUGACGGUGGUAAUGCCGAAGGUCUUGCCAAGAGAAUCGGCAGACAAGCCUUGGGGAGAGGGUUGAAGGCGACGGUGCUUGCGAUGGACGAUAUUCCAAUUGAAGACCUUUCUGCCGAGGAGAACGUGAUCUUUGUGACUUCCACCGCUGGUCAGGGUGAGUUCCCACAGAACGGUAAGACGCUCUGGGACGGGCUCAAGGGAUCUUUGGACUUGGACCUCACCGGGGUCAAUUUCUCCGUCUUUGGGUUAGGUGACUCUCAGUACUGGCCAAGAAAGGAGGACGCCCACUACUACAACAAGCCAUGCAAAGACUUGUUUGCGAAGUUGGCCUUCUUUGGUGCCGGAGAGAUUGCGCCGUUGGGGCUCGGUGACGAUCAGGAUGCUGACGGCUACUCUACCGGCUACAAUGUCUGGAUCGAACAGAUCUGGGAGGGCCUUGGGGUUGCUGGAUUGGCGGGCGUGGAAGAGCCAAAGCCGCUCACCAACGAGGACAUGAAGCUCGGGUCCGACUACCUCCGUGGUACUAUUGUGGAGGGUCUCCAAGAUCAGUCCACCGGUGCGAUUUCCGCCGUCGACCAGCAGCUCACCAAGUUCCAUGGGAUUUACAUGCAAGACGACAGAGAUGUCAGAGACCAGCGCAAGGCCGAUGGUCUUGAGCCGGCGUAUUCCUUCAUGGUGCGUGUUCGUCUUGCGGGCGGGGUCUCUACGCCGCAACAAUACCUCAAGAUGGACGAGCUUUCCAAUACUAGGGGUAACGGAACUCUCAAGGUUACCACCAGGGCGACAUUCCAGCUCCACGGGGUGGUAAAGCACGACUUGAAGCCAGCUAUCAGAGGGAUGAAUGCCGCGUUGAUGGACACCUUGGCUGCCUGCGGUGAUGUCAACAGAAACGUGAUGUGUUCCGCUUUGCCGGGAAACAGAAAGGUGCACAGCCAGAUCAACGAGGCGUCGAAGAUCAUCUCUGAACACUUGUUGCCGCAGACCACUGCCUACCACGAGAUCUGGUUGGAAGGCGCCGAUGCCGGCGACAAACCGGGUGAUUCGGCUGUCUGGGAGAACAGAGUGGAAGGUCCUACCAAGAAGAAGACGUUGGUUGCUGGUAACGCUUUGGCGGAUGUCGAACCGAUGUACAAGAACCUUUACCUUCCAAGAAAGUUCAAAAUCGUCAUCACUGUUCCGCCGUUCAACGAUGUGGAUGUGUACGCUCAUGACAUUGGUCUCAUCGCGAUUGUGAAUGAAAGCGACGUUGUUAUCGGGUACAAUGUAUUGGCCGGUGGUGGUAUGGGUACCACUCACAACAACAAGAAGACCUAUCCACGUGCUGGGUCCAUGAUGGGUUACUGUUCCGCUGAUAAGAUUCACAUUGCGUGUGAGAAAAUCAUGUUGGUGCAGAGAGACAACGGUGACCGUACCAAUAGAAAGCAUGCCAGACUCAAGUACACCAUUGAUGACAUGGGUGUCGAGGCCUUCAAGACUGCGGUUGAGGAAUACUGGGGCGAGCGGUUCGAGGCGCCACGCGAGUUUGAAAUCAAGUCCAAUAUUGAUUACUUCGGCUGGGCCCAGGAUGAGACGGGUCUCCACCACUUCACGUGCUUCAUUGAGAACGGGAGAAUUGAGGACACCCCAGAGUUGCCGCAAAAGCAGGGGUUGAAGGAGAUUGCCGAGUACAUGGUGGAGAAGAAGUUUGGUAAUUUCAGAUUGACAGGUAACCAGCACUUUUUGAUAUCCGACAUUACUGACGAACACCUUGACCAUGUCAAGGGCUUGAUGAAGAAGUACAAGUUGGACAACACCAACUUUUCCGCCUUAAGAAUGGGAUCGUCUGCUUGUGUGGCCUUCCCUACCUGUGGGCUUGCGAUGGCCGAAUCCGAGCGCUACCUUCCAGUCUUGGUUUCCAAGCUUGAGGGGGCUUUGGAGGAAUACGGCUUGAGACACGACUCCGUCACGAUGAGAAUGACCGGAUGCCCGAACGGGUGUGCCAGACCGUGGUUAGCGGAGGUUGCCUUGGUCGGUAAGGCGUUUGGUGCGUAUAACCUCUUGUUGGGCGGUGGUUACCACGGCCAGAGGUUGAACAAAAUCUACAGAUAUUCGAUCAAGGAGGAUGAAAUCUUGGACACCUUGAAGCCGUUGUUCAAGAGAUGGGCUUUGGAGAGACAUGAAGGUGAACACUUCGGUGACUUUGUCAUUAGGGUUGGCGUCAUCAAGCCAACUUUGGAGGGCAAGUAUUUCCACGAUGAUAUUCCAGAGGAGGCGUAG